AAUCUCAGAUCUCUCUCUCUCUGUUAGAAACCCUCGUCUAUCUCAUCUCAUCAAUGGCCCGAACUAAGCAAACCGCCCGAAAAUCCACCGGAGGCAAAGCGCCAAGGAAGCAAUUAGCUACAAAAGCUGCGAGGAAAUCGGCUCCGGCAACCGGAGGAGUGAAGAAGCCUCACCGUUUCCGUCCAGGAACUGUAGCCCUAAGAGAAAUCAGGAAGUAUCAAAAGAGUACCGAGCUUCUGAUCCGUAAACUGCCGUUUCAGAGGUUAGUAAGGGAGAUUGCUCAGGACUUCAAGACGGAUCUUCGUUUCCAAAGCUCCGCUGUUGCCGCUCUACAGGAGGCUGCUGAAGCUUACUUGGUUGGACUCUUUGAGGAUACUAACUUGUGCGCGAUUCAUGCUAAGAGAGUCACGAUUAUGCCUAAGGAUAUUCAGCUUGCCAGGAGGAUUAGAGGUGAAAGAGCUUGAUUUUGUUCAUUUUGGAGUUAUGAUCGGUUCAAUUUGUUCACAAUCCUAGAUCUAGGGUUUCUUUUGUUGAUUUGUAAUUUGAAUCGUCUUUUACUAAAGGAUUGAUGGCGACUCAAGAAAUUGUUAAUUUCAGAUCCUUUUCGAUUAUUAAUGAAAGAUCUAUUUGAAUCUUAAAAUUU